GGUCGCAGCCUUUCACAUCUGCUCGGUGAAAUUUAAAGUUUCAAUAAGUGCGAACAACUUGAGAGACAGAGCCGAUUUUGGCUUGAAACACUUCGUAAUGAUGUUAUUCCUUGGACUUAUAAUCAUCAGCCUUACCAGUGUGCUCGGUGUAAAUAAUAGAAACAUUCACGAGGGUGAAUCCUGUCAAUUGCCAAAUGCAAAUCCUGGAGUUUGCCGCAAAAUUAUGGACUGCCUCCACAGAGAUCCCCGGUCGCCCUCGACGCUUUGUAAGUCAAGUGGGCACUUUCGUGUCGUGUGCUGUCCUCCGGAUGCCAUCGCGCAGGCGAAGAGUAUGUGCGAAUCGAUUCCAAUUCACGUCGAGUCAAGGAUAAAACCUCAUAUUGUCGGUAACGCGGAAAUUGCAGAAGUCGGAGAGUUUCCCUUCAUGGGACUGUUGAUGUACAACGAUCCAACGAUGCGCUGCGGAGCAGUUCUAAUUACGAAAAAGCUUUUGCUGACCGCUGCCCAUUGCUUCCGGCGAGAAAAUGCUACUCAGGUCCGGUUGGGAACCAAUGCAGCCACUGAUGAAGGUGCUGAACCUUACGGGAUAGCAAGCAUAGUCACGCAUCUGGAUUACAAACCGAAGAAAAAACAGCAACUCAGCAUAAUGGCCGACUUGGCAAUUGUUGAACUUGCUGAAGAAGUUGAUCCUGACGAACCCUACAUUGCUCCACUUUGCCUGUGCAGGACUUUGGAAGACCUACCUCCUAGCAAGAAUUUGACCAUUGUUGGAUGGGGAACAACUGACACAUCGACAAAAUCCACAGCUGAUACUCUGAUGAAAGGAACGGUACAAACUUCAACGCACAGCAAAUGUCAAGAAAGUUAUAUGAAAAUCAAGAAAACCAGAAUCACCGGCAGCCACCUGUGUGCCCAGGGAGAUGCAGACUCCCGCGGGGUCCACACUGACGCAUGCUGGGGAGAUUCGGGAGGACCACUGGUGAAGCUCGAAGGCAGCAAGUACGUUCUGGUUGGAAUCGUUUCCAGCGGACAUCACUGCGGACUGAAAGAUUUUCCGGGAGUUUACACCCGCGUGGCGAGCUAUCUAGACUGGAUUAUGAAUGAGAUUUCUAGAAUUUGAGCCAAAACCAGUGAUGAGUAGUUUUCAAUGACCCAAUGAUACCCAAAUGAAUAAAUGAAAAAAAAACCGGUGACAAUUUAGAACGGCUAGUUUCGAGUAGGAAUCUUGCAAUAGAGAACGCCAAAGCCGUGCUGUAGAGGAAACAAUUUGAUUUUUGAGAGUAUUUAAUACUUUUCAUCCCACUUAGCAUUUUCUUUUUCGCUGUGACAAUAUGUUACGGUGAUAACGUCUUUUAAAUUUACUCUUUUGCCUUAGAAAUGAACGAACUAGUAUUUUUUUUCUAACUUAUCUGAAUAUUUCGCCAGUGUAACAUUUUUUUAAAUAAAAUUAUAUCAACAGCUACAAACAAUUAUCAAUCAGACCGUAAAAAUAAAUAAAGGCAAUAAAGUUUUGAUAUUUUGCAGGAAGAUUCCAAGUGAUCCAAAGAAUUCAACCACAUGUUUUAAAUUGAUGUUUUUUUUGUAUUUGCUUGACAUUAGAUUUUAA